UCACUGUAGAAAACAUGGCAUCUCAGUUGGAAAAUGCAAUGGAGACCUUAAUCAAAGUGUUCCACACAUAUUCUUCCAAGGAGGGGGACAAAUACAAACUGAGUAAAGCUGAGUUGAGGAGUCUUCUACAAGGAGAACUAAGCGUUUUCUUAGCUGCAAGCAAAGAUCCACUGGUUGUGGAGAAGAUAAUAAAUGAUCUUGAUCAGAACCGAGAUGGGGAAGUGGACUUCCAUGAAUUUGUAAUUCUGGUGGCAGCACUUACUGUGGCAUGUAAUGAUUUCUUUGUUGAGUGUAUGAAAAACUGA